GCCGACCGCGCGCGUCGAUCCGACCACCAUGACCACCUUGCCAGAUGAGACGCUGAGGAAGAUCCUCAACCAGAUACAGCAGACGGCCGUCAGCUCGCAGCGCGCCUUCAACUUCGCCCAGCAGCAGAUGGCGGCGAAGCAGCGCGAGCGGCGGAUCGUGCAGCUCACGAUCGACGAGCUGAGCCAACUAGAUGAUGACACGAAGAUGUACAAGGGUGUGGGGAAGAUGUUCCUCAUGACACCAAGGAAAGAGAUGGAGUCCGAGUUGAAGGCGCAGGAGAAGGAACUGGGGGACGACCUGAACAACCUCGCAAAGAAGUCAAAGUUCUUGGAGAAGCAGUUCAACGAUGCGUCUGGUCAAUUAAGAGAUAUCUUUAACAGCGCACCGAAGCAAUAGUAUACCCUGUAGCAUCCAUCUCAAUCGUGUAUCAUAAUCCAUGUCCGCCGUGUCGGUCUGCAACGCCAUUCUUCCUCCCCCCCCAAGUCGGAUGCCUUUGGAAUUAGAUUAUUA